CCCCUUUCCUUUCUUCACAACAAAAUCUCUCUCUCGGUCUCUCCAACAAAAUCAUAAAACUAGGGCAUCCGAGAAAUUUCUCAUCAGAUCUUCUUUCACAAAUUCAAUCUUCUAAAACAAUUCGAUCAUCUUCAGAAUCAGAUUGUUCAGAUGGCGUUAGAAUGGGUUGUACUAGGUUAUGCAGCAGGAGCAGAAGUAGUGAUGCUCUUAUUACUUACAUUACCUGGAUUAGGUGGUCUUCGUAAAGGUUUGCUUGCUGUUACUCGUAACAUGUUGAAGCCGUUCUUAUCAAUUGUUCCGUUCUGUUUGUUCUUGUUGAUGGAUAUCUACUGGAAAUACGAAACUAGACCUAGUUGUGAAGCUACAUCUUGUACUCCAUCUGAGCAUCUUCGUCAUCAGAAAUCUAUCAUGAAGAGUCAGAGGAAUGCUUUGUUGAUUGCUGCUGCUCUUGUGUUCUACUGGCUGUUGUAUUCCGUUACUAAUCUUGUUGUCCGUUUGGAGCAAAUGAGUCAACGUGUUGAGAAAUUGAAGAAUCAGGAUUGAUUUGGUUGGUUGAUUGGAUGAAUCUCUCCGUGGUGGUGGAAGAAGAUGGGAAGAAGAAAGUGUUAACGGAUCUAUGAAAAGAUAAGCGAUUUUUUCUUGUGUUUUGUUUUUAAUUUGUGGUGUUUAAUGUGUUUUGGGGAUUUCUAGUGUUAUGAAUCGGAUCUACGUUUUAUGGAUUUUAAUUUUGUAGAUGAUAUUAUUUAUUCUGAUUUUUACUGAAUUGAUCAUUUGGUUUCUGGA